UUGAGAUUUCGAAUUUCCGACAUUUUAAGGGAAAAUACGAGAAGAGACAAUUUCGACAAGUGGCAAAAUUGACGAAUGAAUAUUGCGUCAGUUUUGGUCAGUUUAUUAUUAUUUAUAUUUUAUUUUGCCGGCUCCAUGUGCUAAAUUGUGUAAAAAAUAUAAUUUUUAUAAUAAAAAAAACUACUUAAUUCCAUAAAAAUAAUGGCUACCUGUGAAAGAAUUCACCAGUUAAAUGGUGUUGUCAAUUCAUCAUCCAGCUUGUCAUCAAAAGCAACAGUAAUACUUGGUGCCCAAUGGGGUGAUGAGGGCAAAGGUAAAGCUGUUGAUCAAUUAGCUGCUGAAGCUGAUAUUGUUUGUCGUUGUCAGGGUGGUAAUAAUGCUGGUCAUACAGUUGUUAUUGAUGGAACAAAAUUUUUUUUUCAUUUAUUACCAAGUGGAAUAAUAAAUUCAAAAUGUACAGCUGUUCUUGGUAAUGGUGUUGUUAUUAAUUUACCAGCAUUAUUUGAAGAACUUGAAACAAAUGAAAAAAAAGGUCUUAAAGAUUGGCAUGAUCGUUUAGUUAUAUCUGAUCGUGCACAUAUUGUAUUUGAUCUUCAUCAACAAGCUGAUGGAAUGCAAGAAUUAGAAAAAGGUAGUAAAUCACUUGGUACAACUAAAAAAGGUAUUGGUCCAACUUAUUCAAGUAAAGCAACAAGAAAUGGUCUAAGAAUAUGUGAUUUACUUGGUGAUUAUGAUGAAUUUUCGAAAAAAUUUAAUAUACUUGUUGAACAAUAUCAAAGAAUGUUUCCACUAUUAAAAGUUGAUGUUGAUGCUGAAUUGAAACUUUACAAAGAAUUUGCUGAACGAAUAAGGCCAUAUGUUACUGAGACAGUAACAUUUUUACAUAAAGCAUUAAAAGAAGGAAAAAAAGUACUUGUUGAAGGUGCAAAUGCUGCAAUGUUGGAUAUUGAUUUUGGUACUUAUCCAUAUGUUACAAGUUCAAAUUGUAGUGUUGGUGGUGUAUUUACUGGACUUGGUGUUGCACCAAAAAGUAUUGGUGAAGUUAUUGGUGUUGUUAAAGCUUAUACAACACGUGUUGGUGAUGGUCCAUUUCCAACUGAAUUAAAUGAUGAUAUUGGUUGUAUUUUACAAACUCGUGGACAUGAAUAUGGUGUUACAACUAAAAGAAAAAGACGUUGUGGUUGGCUUGAUCUUGCCUUACUUAAAUUUACAAGCAUUGUCAAUGGUUAUACAUCAAUAUUUGUGACAAAAUUGGAUAUAUUGGAUACAUUAUCAGAAAUUAAAGUUUGCACUGGUUAUCGUCUUGAUGGCAAAAAGAUUGAUUACUUUCCAAGUCAUGCAGCUGAUUUGGCAAAGGUUGAGCCAAUCUAUGAAAUUGUUGAAGGCUGGAUGACAUCAACUGAAGGCGUUAGAUCGUUUGAUAAGCUUCCAGUUAAUGCUCAAAAAUAUAUUAAAAUGAUUGAGAAAAAUUUGGAGACACCUGUUAAAUGGGUUGGUGUUGGUGCAGGUAGAGAAAGUGUUGUUUCUCUAUAAUCAAUAAGCUAAUUAAAUAAAUAACAAACAAUUAAAAUAAUUAUAAAUUCAUGCAUGUUCAAAAAUACUUUAUCGUGAUUCGUGAUAUCAACAUAUAAUACAAUGAUAGUGUACAUAAAUUUUAUAAUGCUGGUAUGAAAAGAGAAAAAGAAAUAAUAAUAAUUCAAAAAUAAUAAUUAAUACGAAACAUAUUUUAACCAUUAUUAAUAAUGCUUGUAUUUUGAAUGAUGAUUAUUUAUAAAAAAAUAAAACAAAUAUCAAUAAAUUGAA